UGAUAUCCGGUUCUUUGACAGAACAGUGGCAUAUGGUUGAUUAGACUUAUUUGCUUUUUUACAUACAACUCGUGACAUGGGAGCCACAUUUAUAGUGAUCGGAACAGCCAUAAUGGCAAUUUUCAUGGCAGGAUAUUUUGCCCAACAUUACCUGCCUCCUCCUACUCCAAAAAUAGUGGGAAUUGACCUAGGGACAACCUAUUCAUGUGUGGGUGUUUACCAUGCUGUAACAGGCAGAGUGGAUGUCCUAGAGGUACAGGAUGGUCAUCAGUGUAUUCCCAGUGUGGUGGCCUUCACUGACCAUGGUGUUCUGGUAGGCUACAAAGCUGUUGCUCAGGCAGAACACAACCCCAAAAAUACUAUCUAUGAUGCAAAGCGAUUCAUUGGCAAGGUUGUGACAGAGGAGGAAUUAGCACAGGCACAAAAACGCUAUCCAUUUAAGAUUCAAGCGGACAAAAAUGGUUUGGCACAGUUUGUUUUAUCUGUGAACAACACUGAAUUACGUCUACGCCCAGAAGACAUUGGAUCUGUGAUUGUUAACAAGCUCAAGUUGGCAGCGGAGGCAAACCUUAGCGCGCCAGUCACUAAAGUGGUGAUGUCUGUACCUGCAGAGUUUAAUGCCUUGCAGAGAAACUACACCAGAAAAGCUGCCAGCUUGACCGGACUAGAGGUGUUCCGAGUGAUCAAUGAACCGACUGCGGCUGCCCUGGCGUAUGGACUCCACACUAAGCCAAGUCUACAGAAUGUGAUGGUGGUAGACCUAGGGGGUGGAACACUGGACGUGUCCCUCCUCAACGUCCAGGGAGGCAUGUUUCUCACACAGGCCAUGGCAGGUAACAACCAUCUUGGAGGACAGGACUUUAACCUGAGGUUAUUUAACCACAUAUUAGAGGACAUAGCCAAGCAGUACAACCAACAGCUUACUCACCGCGAGGACCUUCAGAGUGUCAGAAUGAACGUGGAAAAUGUCAAGAUCAGUCUGACCAGUAUGACAAGCACUCAAGUGGCCAUUCCUCUCAAGUCAUUCGGACAGGAUGUUGUCUACAGAGCAACUAUGACAAGAUCAGAAUUUGAGAGAUUAAAUCAGGAUUUAUUUUCUAAAGUUCUUGUUCCAAUUAAAACAGUUUUAAAAACUAUAGAACUUCCAAAAGAUGAGGUGGAUGAAAUAGUUUUAGUUGGAGGAUCGACUAGAAUUCCAAAAGUACGAGAACUUAUACGAGACUUUUUUGGAAAGGAUCCCAACACGUCAAUAGACCCAGAGUUGGCAGUUGCCAUGGGUGUUUCUGUCCAGGCCGGUAUCAUCGGAGGGAUGUGGCCUCUUAAAGUCAGUGCUGUAGAACUCCCAACUUCAGUCAAAAAGAUUCAGAUAUCUUGAUGAAUGUUUAAUAUAGGUGGUAUUAAAUAUAUAUAUUUAAAAAACAGUCUCAGAGUCUACUGAUAUCAUUCAGAGUCUUUCAAAAACUGUCUGUGCUGAUAAACUGACAGCUGUGUAGUCUAAGUGUAGCAGUAAGGGCUAUUUAAGAUAUCUAUAAACUGUAUAUAUGAGUGUAGAGGUAAAAGGAGGUACUUCCUUGUGACUCCAUAUUUCUUUUCUUCUGUCUAAUUAAACCCCACUGCCAAUAUGCCUACCUGCUCCUUCCCUGUAUAUAUAAUGAUUUAUACUGGGAAUAGCGCUAGCCCUAAUAUGAGAGAGUCUGAUAAGACUUUUGUUUGAAGUUGUAUGUAAGAAAGAGUUUUAUAAGUUCUAUGAUAGUAGAUGGGUCAAUUUAAACUUUGUGAUAAAUUCUGUGUAAGAAGUGAGAUUUUUUAGACUGUUUAACAUAGUUGUGUAUGAGUUAAAAGGAGGGGUAGCAUUUUACAUUUUAUGUUUUAGUUGUAUGCAAAGGGGGGGUAAAUUCAGACAUUGUGUUCAGAUGUAAGUGCUAUGUUUGGUACUUUUAUUCCCUGUAAAUACACUGUAGAAUGUAAUGUUAUACUGUAGAAUGUAAUGUUAUACUGUAGAAUGUAAGCAUUUUUUACUGGAUUAAGAAAGAUUUUUAUAAUAUUACAUGUAUUCUAUUUUCAAAUGUAUUGAGAACAUUGUCAUCUAGAAUUUAAACAAACUUUCUGUUAAAUACUGGGAUGCAAGUCAACACAGUUGAUAAAGAAAGUCUAACACUGUUUAUUAUUAAACUAUGGGACAGAUUUGGGUCUUUUAUCCCAAAAUAUACACAAAAUGGGGUGGUUGUCUUUAAUGUCCUCAUUUAAGCGAAUUAAAACACAAACACACUAGUACUAUGUAGUGAAUUCCAUAUCUAUCAGAGGAAGAAAUAUUUUACAUUUAUGAUAGCUUAACAGGGUCAUUAUUUUUAUCCGAUUAUACAAGACAUAUUGGUAAAUUCAAUGACUAAAUUAAAGAGUUGUUAGGUCAACUGUAAAACAGUGUACAAUAUAUCUGUACACAUACAAGUUGUAAGUGAAUUUUACUGUUAUGUGUAAUUAGGUCUGACUAUAUAUGAAAUAAGAGAGCGUGUUUGUUGUUUUGUAAGGUCUGACUGUGAAUUAGAGAGUGAUUUUAUCUGUUUUUUUGGUGUUGAUGUAAAUUAGAGAGUAUACAUUUAUAUUGUGAGUUCGGCUUUUGUUAGGUCUGACUUCAUUACUGUAAAUAGAACUAAUAUUAUCUAUAUAUAAGCGCAUUUGGCUGAUGUCCAAAGAUCUGCUGAGAAGUGCAAUAUAUAUUGUUUACUGUUAUUGAAAUGUUGAAUUACUAUAUAUUUAUUGUUUGACAGAGUUAAGUGUACAAAGUCAUUUUUCCGAGUACCUUCACUUGGGGUGAAAUCCAGGACUACACCUUAAUUAAUGGCCCUGUGUUUUACUGAGUGCACUAAAGGAAACCUGUCUGUAGUUGAGUCAGUAACAUGUUACAUGUAUACAUUUGUAGUUCACCACUGUGACAUUCCCUCCUCCAUGGAAAGACCUUGUCUACGAGUCUUUGUGAGAGUAGUCAUGCUUGUGAGAGCAAGGCUCAGGAGAUUAUCAUACAGAAUGCCCAUGUCCAGUACAUGUCUUAAGUGUACAUUUAUAUUGAUAAUAUAUCUGACAAUAUUUCAUUGCAGCAAAUAACAAUAGAACCAAUAUCAUUGUGUCUCCUUUAUAAUCUGGUAUCUAAUCACUUGAAGCUAAAUACAUGAACAGAUUUUCUAGGCUUAAGUAAGUGUUUUUCCAAAGGUUUUUAACUAUAAUAAUAACUUUAAAACUACCUGGUCUCAAGAGAGUGUUUUCCCCUCAUGAUAAGUGUCGGAUGAACUUAUCAAGGAUUUUGUUUGAUCGACUUGUGCUGGAUGAGCCUUGUUAGAAUAUGGGGGUGGGGUGUCCAUCUCAAAAAUUAUAGAUAUUAAAUUUUCAAAUUUACCUCUGAUUGGCCUAAACUUACGGUCACCUUGUUAUGACUAUUUAAUUUGAACAACAGACAUUUGAUGAUCCUUGUCUCCGAUUGGUUGAGAUAUAUAUGAUUAUAAAUAUUGACUGCUGAUGAGACUUUCUUCAUCAUGCACUUGAUCUGUAAUGUUCUGAUCAUUAGAUUCAAUGUAUGUAUGGUCAUUGAUGGUAUUUAUAUUUUUGUGACAAGAAAGGUAAUCACCAAUGAGGAACGUUUAUGUUUAUUUUUUAGAAUUAUAUUCUAGCAGGUCUAGAAUUAUGAUUGAUUUAUUAUUCCAAUAUUUUUGUGAAUAUUAUUUUGCUCUCAUUUCCGUUUCCCACGUUUUGUAUGAAUACUUGCGAGCUCAACGUGGAUCCAAUUAAAUAUGACGGAGGUUUGCACUAUUGUCAAGCUUGGAGAGCUCAGAACUAUCAAACGUAGAUCGUUGAUAACAAUUGACACAAUUUAUUUUUAGUUGUCUUCACAAUUGAGUGUUUGGAACAUUACCUGUACAUAUAACUAAAAUACCAUAAAAACAUUACAGUGUGAUAUUUAUUUAUUUUUGCAGAUCACUGUGAAACCUCAGUCAUAUUUAAUUGGAUCCUUGUUGAGCCCGCAAGUAUUCAUAACCAAAAGUAUUAUUAAGGAACCACUUGUUAACUGUUAUGAUUCAUAGCCAGACAUCAAUUAUGGCAUUAACAUAAUCAAUUAAAUACAUCAAAAUAAUAUGCUGUAGUUCUCUGACCAAUAGUCAUAAUCACCUUUAUAUGAAAUUCCAACAGAAGUCUGAUAGCGGGGUUUAUGGUUUUUAUAUCCAAGUAGGUAAGUCAUAACUUAUCUUAAAACUUUGUUUCAGGUAAGUCAACAAUGGAAGAAAAAUGCUCCAUGCGAUGAAAACAUUUGUGGGAUACUUUGUCAAAAAUUCGCUUUAAAAUAAAAAUUUGAUUCUCAUAUUUUUAACUGUAGAUUUUUGCAUUUAAUAUUGUUUUCCUUAGUAAUCAAACUUUGUUGUAAACAUAUCAAUGAUGAUCUACAAUGUCCUGUAUUAGUUGAUAAAGUCUGCUGGCGGUACAUAUGUCUUUGACCUAGUUAAUUAAUGUUUAUACAUUCGAUUUGUUUGCGACAAACUUUUUAUUUCUAACUGGGUGGUAAGAGAUAGCUAUUUGCUUGUACAUGCUUUUGUAUCGCAAUUUGCACUGAAAAUCAAACACCGUGGACAACCUACUAAAUCUAGUCCUAUGUCCAUGAAUUUCGGUUUCUUGCCCUUAAAUAAAUCAAAUGCAUUUGAGUCCAGUGGUACGGGUACUGACGGUGGUGUUGUUGAAUUAUUUUAUGUUUUAUGAAAUACUUCAGAUAUUGUUUAGUCCAUCUUAUUCUAUAACAUUAUCUAUGGAUAGCCCAUCAUCUAAAUAUUGUGAUCACGUGAGUGAAAUACUACCAUACAUCUAUCCAAAUUAUGAUGUUUCUGUGAGUACCCUAAUUGAUUGACCUCAUCAUCACAUUGCUCGACUGUAUAAAUUGAAAUUCUCAUUUAAAGAAAUAUUUUGUUGAGAUCAUUGCACAGUUGAAGUGAAAUAAUUGUACAUGUACAAGACACAAUAUAUCUACUGACUUUAGUUAAUACAUUUAAUGUACAUGAGGAUUAAUUGAGUCUUCAAUGCAGUGUUGAUAUUCAUGGAUUGAAGAAUAUGAGACAAAGUCAUAAGUAAUGAACUUCUUCACUUUGAAAGUUCCUUACAUUUUGAUCCAUCUGGUAGAUAUAAAAAGUUGAUUAUUUACCAAUUCUGUUGUCUGUUAUAAUUAGUUAUAUGUUUAUAAUGACCUGGAGUGUGAUCAGUAGAUCUAUAUGUACAGGUUGUCACUCCAGUACUGUAACAGUGAUCUGUGAUAAUACCUAGUCAUGUGACCUGGAGUGUGAUCAGUAGAUCUAUAUGUACAGGUUGUCACUCCAGUACUGUAACAGUGAUCUGUGAUAAUACCUAGUCAUGUGACCUGGAGUGUGAUCAGUAGAUCUAUAUGUACAGGUUGUCACUCCAGUACUGUAACAGUGAUCUGUGAUAAUACCUAGUCAUGUGACCUGGAGUGUGAUCAGUAGAUCUAUAUGUACAGGUUGUCACUCCAGUACUGUAACAGUGAUCUGUGAUAAUACCUAGUCAUGUGACCUGGAGUGUGAUCAGUAGAUCUAUAUGUACAGGUUGUCACUCCAGUACUGUAACAGUGAUCUGUGAUAAUACCUAGUCAUGUGACCUGGAGUGUGAUCAGUAGAUCUAUAUGUACAGGUUGUCACUCCAGUACUGUAACAGUGAUCUGUGAUAAUACCUAGUCAUGUGACCUGGAGUGUGAUCAGUAGAUCUAUAUGUACAGGUUGUCACUCCAGUACUGUAACAGUGAUCUGUGAUAAUACCUAGUCAUGUGACCUGGAGUGUGAUCAGUAGAUCUAUAUGUACAGGUUGUCACUCCAGUACUGUAACAGUGAUCUGUGAUAAUACCUAGUCAUGUGACCUGGAGUGUGAUCAGUAGAUCUAUAUGUACAGGUUGUCACUCCAGUACUGUAACAGUGAUCUGUGAUAAUACCUAGUCAUGUGACCUGGAGUGUGAUCAGUAGAUCUAUAUGUACAGGUUGUCACUCCAGUACUGUAACAGUGAUCUGUGAUAAUACCUAGUCAUGUGACCUGGAGUGUGAUCAGUAGAUCUAUAUGUACAGGUUGUCACUCCAGUACUGUAACAGUGAUCUGUGAUAAUACCUAGUCAUGUGACCUGGAGUGUGAUCAGUAGAUCUAUAUGUACAGGUUGUCACUCCAGUACUGUAACAGUGAUCUGUGAUAAUACCUAGUCAUGUGACCUGGAGUGUGAUCAGUAGAUCUAUAUGUACAGGUUGUCACUCCAGUACUGUAACAGUGAUCUGUGAUAAUACCUAGUCAUGUGACCUGGAGUGUGAUCAGUAGAUCUAUAUGUACAGGUUGUCACUCCAGUACUGUAACAGUGAUCUGUGAUAAUACCUAGUCAUGUGACCUGGAGGGUGAUCAGUAGAUCUAUAUGUACAGGUUGUCACUCCAGUGCUGUAACAGUGAUCUGUGAUAAUACCUAAUCAUGUGAACCUGAGAGUACAAGGCCUGAUUAUCUUAACAAGUCGUUACAGACAAUUUCAUAAAGAAGUUUGAGAAAUAUUGAAACAUAUUCUGUAGGUGGUUAGAAUAUUUCGAAUCUGUGUACCCAGAUAAAUACAAUUAAAGUUUCGAAUUUCAUACAUUGUAACGUACACCAGAUGAAAGUUCGGUAUAAAUCUGUAGCUAAGCUGAACAGUUUUUAAACAAUAGGGACUUGUACGGUAAGUAGUCAUUACAAUUAUGUGAUAAUAAAUCACUUUAAGUAAAACACUAAUAUUAUUGUGAAUUUGUUUCAAAUGAAUUGUGUCCAUGUGACCUUUAAUUCAAUUAAUGAAAUGAAAAAGCAACAAAGGACAACUUAUCUGUAAAUGAAUAAACAUUUAAAAGA